AUGUUCCUCCUGUCUCUCGGUGGUGGUAUCAAGUGGCAUUACUACCGCAACGUGCAUGCCGUCGUCUUUGUUUACGACGUCACCAAGAUGACCUCCUUCACCAACCUCAAGAUGUGGAUCGAGGAGUGCAACGGGCACGCCGUGCCCCCCCUCGUCCCCAGGGUGCUCGUUGGGAACAAGUGUGACUUGAAAGACCUGAUCCAAGUGCCAUCUAGCAUGGCCCUGAAGUUCGCCGACGCUCACAACAUGCUUUUGUUUGAGACCUCGGCCAAGGACCCUCAGGAGAGCCAGAACGUGGACGCCAUUUUCAUGUGCCUGGCCUGCCGGCUGAAGGCACAGCGCUCGCUGCUCUGCCGGCUCCUGGAGGGGCGGCCGGGCCCGGCCCGCAGGCUGGAGCCAUCGCACGACGCCAACGCUAAAAACUCCUGCCCGUGCUGA